CUUUAGAAAUGGUCACCCACCAAGUAGUCUGUAAACAUUAAGAAACGGGAUCGGCAGGUGUUGAAUUCAAACUGGCAGCGGUUUAUUUUAUCGAAGGCGAGAGAGAGCAACUGACAGCUUUUCAAUGGAGACCCUGUCAAAAACACUCGCAGCUGACGGCGUUUCGCGGGAGAAGGAUUCCUGUCCAUCACAACCAGCAACCAGCCUGUCUCUGCCUUCAUACAAAGACUAUCCUGCUCACCGUCCUUUUAUAAACACCGCGAUGCACCACACACCCCUCUCACACCGCUCAUCACCACCCAGUAAAGCCCUCCCAGAGACCAACAGUGCAGCCAUCCUGUCUGCUCUGAGGAACCUCCAGGAGAAGAUCAGGAGGUUGGAGCUGGAAAAAGGAGAGGCAGAGCUCAGUCUGCAUGCUCUGGGGAGAGAAGCAUCACACAGUGUCCCACAGAGAGACUUCAAUACUCAAACCGAUGCAGAAAGAGAGAGGAAAGGUGAGGCCAACUGUAACCAAGUGUUGAUCACCCACCUCGCCGCUGCAGAGUCUCGCUGUUCACAGUUGGAGCGACAGUUGGAUCAGAUGAAGAGGAUGCUGCAUAGUGCCCGGACGGAGAGGACGAGUCUGCUCAAACAGCAGGUGUCUAUGGAAAAGGAAAAAUCAGCUUCUCGCCUGUCCGACACGACGUCUAGGCACGCUCAGUUGGAAAAACUGGAGCGGCUUGAGCAGGAGUAUCUGAGGCUGACACGCACACAGACCAAUGCUGAGAUGAAGAUUUGUGAGUUGGAGGCAAAGCUACUCGAAGAGGAGCACCACAGAAAACUCAUGCAGGCAAAAGCCAAACAGCUACAGACGGGUUUGGAGACCAACAGGAUCCUGUUACAGUCGGUGUCUCCACAGCUUUCAGUCAGACACUCCAGAGAGAAGUCCUGCUCAAAGAAAUCCUCACCACAGCAGCUGUCCUGGACACAGCCCCACUACAGACUGAGUCUCCGAGACGUUCCUUUUGUUGCUGGAACGUCCGUAGGCUGCAGCCACUCGGUCCGAGCCAACGUCCAGUCGGUGCUGUCUCUCCUGAAGCAGCACCAGCCGCACCUGUGCAACAGCCGCGUCCUGUCCGCCAGCGCCGACCGCUCGGGGAUGGACAGCCACGGUCAGUCGGAGAGCUCCUCCUCGUCCUCCUCCGGUGGCGGCGAAGACCUGUUAGAGCUGCUGCAGGCCCUGCAGGAGGAGCUGCGACUCAUGAGCCUGGAGCAUGAGGAGUUGAUGAGACAGGUGGAGAACAGCAUGUCGCCCCAGGAAAGAAAAGAUCUUCACAGGGAGCAGGAGAGGCUGCUGCUGAAAAUGGAGAGGAAAGGAGAGCAGAUCAGUAAACUCUACAAACACAAAGCACAGAUAAAGAAGCUGAGAAAAGAAUCUAAUUCCAGACUCGGCAAAGUCAAAGAAGCCAGAGAGAGCAGAGCCUCAGUGUCCACUAGAGGUCACUCUGCAGGAGCGGUGAAGGUCAGACCAGGAGAGAAGAGCAGGAGGAAUCUGAAGCUGCUGAGGGACAUGAGGGCUCUGCAGAGCUCAUUACAGACCUGACACCCACCAGCACAACAACACAUAUUAGUUAUCCUUGUUGGUGCUACUUCCCUCCCUGUGGCCAUCAUUUAACCGACAAAACAAACAUGGCAUGAAAAACACCGAAUAAGCCGACUGUAUUAAAUAAGACACCGGUUUCAGCAGGUUUGUGUUUGUGACUCUUCACCAUGUGUUUGUUUUUCUUGAAAAACUCUGGUGUCUCUUCAUAGUCAAUCCAACAGUCCAGUGUCCACUGCAGCUCUUCAUCAUGGUCAAGAAUGAGAAAAGACUUCAGGGUAUUUGAAGAAAAAGUAGUUGAUAACAGUGAAAGGUGCAGUAUUUAAAUUAUAAACAUUGCUGAACAUUACAGGGAAGUAAAUUUGAAUUCCGUCAAGACAUUUUGAAACUUUUUGAGAUUUUUUUAGUUAAUAAAUACCAAGAGCUGCAGCCUGUGUUGUGUUUACUGUUUUAUUUGAUAUUUAUCUGAGUGGAAUGAGGACGGAUUCUAGAUUUAUAAGACUGGACAGGCUGAGGCAGAGGCACAACACAUGGACCUGAGUGGAAUGACUUCAUUGUUGGUGUUUUCUUUGACCUUUUUUGUUUUUAAUUCAUGAAGAAGUACAUACAGUAUCUUAAAGUAUUUUUCACUCUCAGCUAUUUUUACCCAGCAGAACCAUCUAAAAACAAUGUUUUUUUUUUUUAAAUCCAAGAACGUCAACAUGUAAAUCAUGUUAUAAGUAGGCCGCAGGUGUUUUUAUUUCUCAAAUUUCCAAACGUCCAUAUAAGAAUGAUACACCAACAAUGAUGAGUGUAACAGUGAGAUUACAGUGUCAGCUGUCCAGUCCACUGCUUACAGCUACACCGCACCAAAUCUAUUAGCUAUAAACAAAUGUCUGUUAAAAUGGGAGCAGCGUGUUUAACAAGCUUGAAAUCUUGAAACAUUUUGUAUUCCAAACUCUUCAUGUGAUAGUAUGAAGAAAAUGUAUAUAUUUAAGUUAUAAUUUACUACAACAAGAUGUGGAUGGAUUCUUUUUUCUUUUUUGCUCAGGAGUGCAUUUAUUUUG